CUAACUCAAAGGAAACAAUAAAAUAAGAUAAAAAUUGCAACUUUGACAUUACAACGGGAGAAUAGUAUCUCAUUCUGUUUUGGGCGAUCGGAGAAAAAAUUGACGGAACAGAGAUGAUGCGAAUGAGGACGAAGAAGACCAAGGAGAUGUCGCACGUGAACGGCAACUUGGCUGGGGGUGUCGGUGGAUCGGAGGUUUUGGAUUGGGAACUCAGACCAGGUGGAAUGCUGGUACAGAAGCGGAAUCCAGAUUCCGACAGAGUCUCUGUCGUACCCACCAUUAGAGUGAAGGUCAAAUACGGCUCCUCUUAUCAUGAAAUCUACAUCAAUUCUCAAGCUAACUUUGGGGAGUUAAAGAAGCUACUGGCGGCGCCGACAGGGUUGCAUCAUGAAGACCAGAAGCUGAUGUUCAAAGACAAGGAGAGACACUCUAAUGCCUAUCUCGAUAUUGUGGGAGUGAAAGACGGAUCAAAACUAAUUCUUGUGGAAGACCCGAUUAGCCGGGAAAAAAGGUACCUUGAAAUGCGUAAGAAUGCCAAGAUGGAGAAGGCCUCCAAAUCCAUCUCGGAAAUUAGCUUGGAAGUUGACAAUCUUGCGGCCCAGGUAUCUGCUCUCGAAUCCGUUAUAUCGAAAGGUGGGAAAGUUGCAGAAACCGAUGUGUUGAAUCUGAUUGAACUGUUGAUGAACCAACUGAUUAAGUUGGAUGGUAUAAUUGCCGAUGGAGAUGUGAAAACGCAGAGGAGAAUGCAGGUGAAGAGAGUACAGAAGUAUGUCGAAACUUUGGACUUACUGAAGAUCCGGAACGCCAUGCCCAGUAGCAAUAGCAAUGGUAAUAUCAAUGGCGGUCAAAUUCAAAUGCAACAGCAACAGCAACAGCAACAGAAGCAUUCGACUGGGCAAGUGCAAGAGCAAAUGCCAGUGCCAAAGCCAAUGCUGCAGCAGCAGCAGCGGCCGAGGCAUUCAACGGGUCAAAUUUCAAGCACACGGCAGCAGUCGCAGCAACCUGCGAGGCAUUCGGCGUCAGGCACAGUUGUAACAACCCAGUGGGAAACAUUUGAAUUUGAUGUACCGGCAUCCUCCACAUCAACCACCGGCGCCCAAAGCCAAAGCCCAAGACAAAGACAGACCACUCCUAGUAAGUUCAGCUGGGAUUUCUUUCAGUAAUAGUAAGUACAUUAGCAGUCCAAACUGAAAAUAUCACUUCACGGAGAGAAUCAAAAGAGAGAUUAUGGGUAAAUUUUGUGGGUGGCGUGUGGUUUUGGGUUUGCAUUCUACUUGGUUUGUUCUCUAUAGUCUAUACUCCAUUCUUUACUGUAUUUAGAUUUUGGAGCAUUAGGAUCCCCUUGUUUACUAGUUUACUACUUAAUUCGAUCCAGCAGAAAUAAAAUGGAGAUCGUUAUGACAUGAUUGUUUGGGCACUUCAUUUUUAGAUUUAAAAAAAUUCUUCUUUCUCUGUUUCUUUGGCGUUUGUCUGCCAUUUGUAUGUGUCUGUAAGACAUUUAUGUAAAUUUAUAGUUCUGUUACA